AUCCUUUCCGACAUGACUGCCGUUCCAGUCAUUGCACUUAAUAUCAACUAUGCGGAGGAGGAGUCCAAAAUCAAGGGCUUUUUGGAAAACUUCAAGACGUCCACGAACGACGUGACGGAUGAUUUUGAGCACAUGGGUUUAGAUGAUGAUGAGACGCCCGGAGAGGACAUGGCCGCUAAGCUGAAGGGUCAUAAGUACAUGAGCCAGCUGCAACGUAUAGCAAAUCGUGAACAGCAAGAACUGUGCAUCGAGCUGGAAGACAUUGCAGAUUUCCAGGAUGGCGUCCACGACCUCGUCUCGAAUAUUCAACAUAAUGCGCGUCGUUAUGUCGAUCUGUUUUGCAAAGCUGUGGAUGACCUUAUCCCUGCCCCUACUAAAGAUAUUAGUCAUCACGAUGAUGUGCUGGAUGUCAUCAUGCACCAGCGGAAAGAGCACAACGAGAUGGCGCAGGUGGAUGCUCAGCAGGAUAUUGAGGGCGCUCCUGCUCCUCUUGACCGACAAUUUCCCCCUCAGUUGAUGAGGCGAUAUAAUCUGUAUUUCCAGCCGUUUGCCUCAGACGAAACGCUCGCAGUGCGUGAGGUUCGUGGGGAACACCUCGGAAAGCUCAUCACUGUCCGUGGUAUUGUAACCCGCAUCUCGGAAGUCAAGCCACUUCUACUGGUGAAUGCCUAUUCAUGCGAGAGUUGCGGCGCAGAGAUCUUCCAGGAGAUUACGCACAAGCAGUUCUCUCCACUGACCGACUGUACGAGCGAGAGGUGUCGCCAGGAUGGUGUGAAGGGGACUCUUAGCAUGCAGACUCGGGCCUGCCGGUUCAGUCCUUUCCAGGAGGCCAAGAUUCAGGAAAUGGCGGAUCAAGUUCCGGUCGGCCACAUCCCUCGGUCCAUGACAAUUCACUUUUAUGGCGGUCUUACCCGUCAAGUCAACCCCGGCGACGUCGUCCAUCUUGGUGGUAUCUUCCUUCCUACCCCUUAUACUGGCUUCCGAGCCAUCCGAGCCGGCUUGCUCACCGACACUUACCUCGAGGUGCACCACGUAGAUCAGGUGAAGAAGCAGUACUCGGCUCUGGAGAUGACCCCGGAGAUUGCGACACAACUGGAGCAUCUCAAAAGUGAUCCCAUGCUAUACGAAAAGCUGGCACAGAGCAUCGCCCCAGAGAUCUUUGGUCAUGAGGACGUGAAGAAGGCGCUUCUCCUCCUCCUCGUUGGAGGUGUGACGAAGCAGGUGGGCGACGGCAUGCGCCUGCGUGGUGACCUCAACAUCUGUUUGAUGGGUGAUCCUGGUGUGGCCAAGUCGCAGCUCUUGAAAUAUAUCUCGAAGGUGGCACCGAGAGGUGUCUACACCACCGGGAAAGGUUCUUCUGGUGUUGGUCUUACUGCAGCAGUAAUGCGUGAUCCGGUGACUGACGAAAUGGUCCUUGAGGGCGGUGCCCUUGUUCUCGCCGAUAAUGGCAUUUGUUGCAUCGAUGAAUUCGACAAGAUGGACGAGUCCGAUCGCACUGCCAUUCACGAAGUUAUGGAGCAGCAAACUAUCUCCAUUUCCAAAGCCGGAAUUACCACCACCCUCAAUGCCCGCACGUCCAUCCUCGCUGCCGCCAACCCGCUCUACGGACGGUACAAUCCUAGAAUAUCACCGGUAGAAAAUAUCAACCUUCCCGCGGCCUUGUUAUCUCGUUUCGACCUGAUUUUCCUCAUUCUAGACAAGGCUGACCGAGAUGCUGAUGAGGCUCUUGCUGAGCACGUUACUUACGUGCACAUGCACAAUUGUCACCCUGACCUUUCGUUUGAGCCCAUCUCCCCAUUGUUGAUGAGGCAUUAUAUUGCAUUGGCGCGUACCAAACGCCCCGUUGUUCCACGCAUGGUCUCCGAGUACAUCGUUGGUGCCUAUGUCACGCUUCGCAAACGUUCUCGGGAUGAGGAACAAGAUGAGAAGAUGCAUAGUUACGUCUCUGCACGUGCUUUGCUCGGUGUUCUGCGUCUAUCCCAAGCACUGGCUCGCUUGCGUUGCGCUGAUACCGUCGAACUUGCUGAUGUUGACGAAGCACUGCGCCUCAUGGACGUCAGCAAGGCUAGCCUGUUUGAUGAGGAGCGGGAUGAUAACGACCGCGGAGAUCAGACCGACAUGUCCAAGAUCUUCCGGAUCAUCAAGGAGAUGGACAAGCGUCGCAGGCCUAGGAGACGGCUGGGUCGCGGCCCGAAUAGGGAGCGCGAUUACCAGGAGGAGGAGGAUGGGCCCUUACUCAUGGCUGAUGUUCGUGCUCGCGUUAUUGCCGGUGGAUUCACCGAGAUCGCCCUUAUGGACACAAUUCUUGAGUAUGAGAGAAUGGGCGUUCUUUCCCGCAUCGCGAAUGGCACCAAGUUGCAAUUCGCAGCUCAGGACGAUGACGAGUAGAUGCUGUAAUCCUCGCACUUUAUAUUUUCCGUGGUUCGACUUGUCAUUUAUGCACCUUCGGCACAUGUAGUUUGUACAACUAAU